CUCAUCCCUCGCGCGUCCGCGUCCGCGUUCGCCUCUCCCUUCUCAACGUUUCUGCCUUCCGCUUCCUCUCUCCCUCACGCGUCUUCAAGUCUUCCGCCUCCUCUUUCCCUCGGUUGUCUUCAAGUUUUAGGCCGGAGUCUUCUUCGGCGUCUUCUCAAGUUUCCGACUUCUCAUUCUUCGACCUCUUGUCAAGUAUCCAGUGUCUCCUUCUCCUUCGUCUCAAGUCUCUGGCGUCUCCUCUUUCGUCCAUCUUUAAUCAGAUACAUCCCUUCUGUCCUAAUCCAAGAUAACGAGACCGGCCCGUAGCUUUCACCCAUCUCCGAUUUCAACCAUUGCGUCUCAGAUCUGAGACAUCCAUUUCGUCCAUCUCCAAUCUCAAAUCUUGAUCCUCCUCCCAGAUCGGUUUCGCCGCCGCCGUCGUCUUUCUUACGCUCGUGCUGUCGAGCCCUCUUUUCCAGCGGUUUUGCACUGAUUUCUUACUCCUUUGUUGUCACUGCUGGAAAUCUAGUGCGAAAAUGCAAGGUUUUCGCAGAAUUAAUCAAUUGGUACGAAGGCAAAUUCCUGAUGCUAAUUUCAAAUUGAUUAGAGGUUAUCCUCUGAAUGGGGAUGCUGGCUGUAGCUGCUCGGCCCCAAUGUCGAUGGAAAACAGUUUUACUAUUCCUUAUCUUUUUGGGAAGUCAUAUGGGUCUUUGUGUGGUUCCUUCUUGAGGUCUUUCUCGAGGUCGGGCAAUCAAUAUCCGGAAGCCUUCGUAUGUAUUUUUAAAAAUAUGAGCUCUCAAAUGGAAUUUGUGCCUUUGAGAAAACAUGCAUCUUCAACUUUUUCAGCAUUCCAAAGUUCUAGGCCACAUUUUUUUCAGUUGGCAGAAACUGCAGCUCCUUUUUCUAGUAGGGGCAUUGCUACGACAAGCUCGAUGGAAUCAGCUCUACAGGGAUCCCCUGCAGUUGAUUCUGUUAUACCACCUCGCAUCAAAUUUAAGAGGCUUGAUAAAACCUCAAGACACAUAAUGCAGAUUUUAGAUAAGGAAGCUGUUGAGGAGGUAAAAGCACGAAGAGAAAUUCCAGAUAUAAAGCCAGGCUAUAUUGUGCAGCUCAAAGUGGAAGUACCUGAGAACAAGCGACGUAUCUCAACAUUGAAAGGUAUUGUGAUAGCCAGACGAAAUGCCGGUCUAAACUCAACUUUUAGAAUAAGGAGGGUAGUUGCUGGUGUUGGGAUUGAGUCCCUCUUUCCUCUAUACUCACCGAACAUAAAAGAGAUUAAGGUAUUGGAGAAGAAGAAAGUGCGCAGAGCUAAGCUUUACUAUCUUAGGGACAAAAUGAACGCGCUUAAGAAGCAGUAGCAAGUUUUCUAUUCAAUGGGAUCAGAAGUGUUUCCGUAACAUGGUGCGUUUAAAUCCUUUUGAGCGAAAAAUCUCACGAGCUUUCAUGAUUAUUUUAUCCUGUUUUAUGCAUGGAGGAUCAGCGUGAUAAACUAGUGGAGCUAAAAUAAGAAUAAACAAAAAUGACUUCGCAUCGAUUGCCUCGAGAAGAAAAUGUUCUUUCUUUUGUAUGAUUAGUUGCUCAAGCAAACCGUGUCAUCAUUUAUCUUUUUGUUGGUCGGUUGCCGGAUUUUGCCCCUUCCUUGAAAUGCCAAAGAGCUUUCUGUUUAUAAUGUCUGUGGCUGAUGAAAUCUUCUUUUUGAACUAAGGAUAUAUUUAUUACUUUAUCAUUAACAGGGUUUCCAUUCCUUACAAA